ACAAAAACAUCUCAUAAUAAUAUAAUCUUAGAACAAAGUGGCAUCGUUGCGAUUCCGAACGAAAUAAACAUAAUCUAUACGAAUGACAGUCAAUAAAUCCUUCAAAAUCUGUUGAAAAUCCUCAAAACAGAUCCUUAUUGACCGAAACGCAUAUCCAAACACCCCCAUUACAUCACUAAGUUAUUUGUGAUCAGGGUUUCUGAUUUUGUGAAAUAAAAAUGGGGAUCAAAAGGGGUGGAUCAAAUUUAGGGGUUCAUAGAAACAGAGCAAGUGGUGGAUCUCAGUUUCCAGUUUUGACCCUUUUGUUGGUUUUGAUUCUUGCUCCAUUCGUGUUCUACAUUGGUCGUGGGAUUCGUUCGACUAAUUCGAUUGAUGAAACUGAUUCCUUAAUUAGUCUUAGCAAACAUCAAAAAGAGUUGCAAGAUGUAGAUUGGAGAACAAAGCUUGCUUUGCAACAUGUUAAAUCUCUUUUCUCGAAGGAGGUUAUUGAAUCCAUAAAGGCCAAAACAGAUGAUCUUGGACCGUUGAGUCUUGAUUCUUUCCGGAAAAGCAACUUUUCUGCUUCUUGGAAGUUUGCUGGGCAAGAAAAGGUGAUUGAUACUGUUGAAAUACAAGAGCCCCAGAAAGCCAAAGAAGAUAAUUCUUUAGAUGCUGAUCAUUCUCAAAAUGCAUAUGUUGAUACACCCACAAGCCUAGCGAGAAGGCAAUUAAGAGACAAAAGACGUGAAGAUCGAGCAGCUAAUCUAUUGAAAUUAGAUGAUGACGUAAUUUUAAAGCUUGAAAAUGCGGCUAUUGAACGGUCAAAAUCAGUUGAUUCUGCUGUUCUUGGGAAGUACAGUAUAUGGAGGAAAGAGACUGAUAAUGAGAAUGUAGACACAACUGUACGCUUGAUGCGAGAUCAAAUUAUUAUGGCAAGAGUUUAUAUGAGCAUUGCUACUAUGAAGAACAAGACAAGCAUGGCUCAUGAACUGCAAAAUCGAAUUAAAGAAAGUCAACGUGCUUUAGGAGAUACAACUACAGAUGCUGAUCUUAAUCGCAGUGCCCCGGAGAAAAUCCAAGCCAUGGGUCAGUUGCUGUCAAAAGCUAGAGAUCAACUUUAUGAUUGCAAAUUGGUUACGGGGAAGCUGAGAGCUAUGCUUCAAUCAGCAGAUGAACAAGUUCGUAGCCUGAAAAAGCAGAGCACAUUUUUAAGCCAGUUGGCGGCAAAAACAAUUCCAAAUGGAAUUCAUUGUUUAUCAAUGCGCCUAACGAUAGAGUAUUACCUUCUCUCACCUGAGAAGAGAAAGUUCCCUAAAAGUGAGAAUCUUGAAAAUCCAAGUCUAUAUCACUAUGCUCUCUUCUCUGAUAAUGUAUUGGCUGCAUCGGUGGUCGUCAACUCUACAAUCAUGAAUGCCAAGGAGCCAGAGAAACAUGUUUUUCAUCUUGUUUCUGAUAAAUUGAACUUUGGAGCAAUGAAUAUGUGGUUUUUAUUAAACCCUCCUGGUAAUGCCACGAUCCAUGUAGAAAAUGUUGAUGAAUUUAAGUGGCUAAAUUCAUCAUACUGUCCUGUUCUUCGCCAAUUAGAAUCUGCUGCAAUGAAGGAGUUUUACUUCAAGGCAGAUCAUCACACAACUCUCUCAGCUGGAUCUUCCAAUUUGAAAUAUAGGAACCCAAAGUAUCUUUCAAUGCUGAAUCACCUUCGGUUUUAUUUACCGCAAGUUUAUCCUAAGCUGAAUAAAAUCCUGUUUCUUGACGAUGAUAUUGUUGUUCAGAAAGAUUUGACUGGGUUGUGGAAGGUUGACCUUCAUGGAAAAGUCAAUGGCGCUGUUGAAACUUGUGGUGAAAGUUUUCACCGUUUUGAUAAGUAUUUAAAUUUCUCGAAUCCCCAUAUUGCCCGUAACUUUGACCCAAAUGCAUGUGGAUGGGCUUACGGAAUGAAUGUGUUUGACCUCAAGCAGUGGAAAAAGUGGGAUAUAACUGGGAUUUAUCACAAGUGGCAAAAUAUGAAUGAAGACAGGGUUCUAUGGAAGCUUGGAACUUUACCUCCAGGAUUGAUGACGUUUUAUGGGCUUACACAUCCACUUGACAAAUCUUGGCAUGUACUUGGUCUUGGCUAUAAUCCUAGCAUCGAUAAGAGUGACAUUGAAAAUGCAGCUGUUGUUCACUACAAUGGUAACAUGAAACCAUGGCUAGAGUUGGCUAUGACUAGGUACCGUUCGUAUUGGGUCAAAUACAUCAAGUUUGAUCAUCCAUACAUUCGGGGUUGCAAAAUAAAUCAAUGAUUCACAAUCGAAGCACUCGAGGCUUUGCUGGUUUCCCACAUUGUUUAUUCUUGCGAGUUCGAUUAUAUUCUUUGUUAUUUUUUUCCUUGUAGUUGUUUUAGUUCUUCAACCCUUUGGUAGCCCCUAAUUUUGUAUCUGUGCAAGUGCAACUUUACUCCCCUAACUUGGCUAGGAGUAGGGGAAAAUAUAUAGUUGACCCUUUUUAUUUUGAAAUACAAAUCGAUACAUUUUUAUUA